GAAUAAAUCUGUGGAAAUUGUCGAUUCUUUUUAACGUAAACUUAAAGAAACCCUUUAAGAUUUUGCAGGGUUACAUGAAGAUUUUGUCUUCCUUCGCAUACGCUCGUUGCGUGACUGACAUUAGCUAGUAGCAACAGAACGGCUUGGAGGCCGCCACUUUGCUUCAAUAUAGUCCUAGGUACACUUUACAGUAUGGAAAGCAUACUGGGGAAUCAUUAUUACUAGUAACUUUGUUCUCAAUGUAAAUAACUUGAAACUGCUUUCUAACUAUCUCUUUGGGUUGAGAAGAGUUUUUUGGACAGAUGAAACUUGCAGCUCUCGAUUUUCACUAGAUCACGGAUCUCUGUGGGGUAAGUGUUUUUGUCUUGAACCUACUAUGUCGCCUCUCUAUUACCACCGGACGAUCAGAUGAUCAACGUGAGCGACAAUUCCGGUAUCAGCUGUGUGAGCGAAAAAUUUGUUGAGAUAGGUCAGCUGGUUAGAAUCGCGAUGCCUCGAUCGAAGUGCGCACUCGACGGUCCAGCCAAUGCAUUGGCUGUGAACUCCAAUCGAGACUCUGGGCUGUGCGCUGUAGCUGGCCGUACAGUUUUCAAGGUCUUCAAUGUGGAUGAUCAAGAUCGGAUCGUCGAAAAGAUGAAUCUCCGUGUAGGAAAGAAUAUCAACCUCAACUAUUCAUGCUCAGACGUCGUGUGGAACCCUGAAGUUGAGAGCCUUUUGGCCACGGCAGCUACCAAUGGAGCUGUCGUUAUCUGGGAUUUGAAUAAAGGUUCAAAAUGCAAACAAGAAUUUGUCUUGGCGGAUCACAAAAGAACGGUUAAUCGAGUCGUCUUUCAAGAUGGCAAUACGCUUCUUUCGGGGUCGCAGGACGGAACAAUGAAGUGUUUCGACCUUCGGCGAAAAGAGGUCACCCGAACUUAUGUCACCUCAUCGGAAAGUGUGCGCGAUAUCAAAUUUUCGCCUCAUGAGGUUAACUCCUUUGCUGCUGUUCAAGAAAACGGUAACGUCCAAAUCUGGGACUGGCGUCGCAGUGAUCGCUGUAUCCGGCAAUUUACGGCACAUUCUGGCCCCGUUUUCUCGUGCGAUUGGCAUACGGAGGAUUCGUUACUGGCUACUGGUGGACGGGAUAAAACGAUUCGGGUCUGGAACAUGCAAAGUACACCAACAUUAGUGUGUACAAUUUACACUAUUGCUUCAGUUGCUAACAUCCGUUGGAGGCCUAACCAUCACUACCAGAUUGCGUCAACAUCUCAGGUCUUGGAACAAAAGAUCAAUAUCUGGGAUAUUCGUCGUAUGUACGUUCCCUUGUUUGCGUUUGCCGAACACAAGGACGUUGUUACCGGAUGUGCUUUCCGAAGUCAAGGCGACACCCUUCUAAGUACGGGCAAGGACAGCAUGCUUAUAUUGAGAACGUUUGACUACGCCAUACAGCCUGCCGCUAAGGCCAAUCCUGUAGCCCAUCGCUUUAAUUCGGAAGAUAGCUUAGCGCUGGCAAUGUGGGAUAAAUUGAAAGCAAAUGCUGGGCGAAAAAUGGCUAAAUCAUUUCAGGCUAGCGCAAUUCCUGUAUCAAGUGGACUCGGAAGAAAGGGCGGUACACCAACUCCGGCACCUGCUGAAGAUACUCACACCUCAUGCCGAUCUGAUCUCACCGUUAUACCUGCAACAAUAAGCAAUCUAUACCACAGGAGUUUUACGCGACUCGCGCUAACCUACCGUUUGUGUGGAGCCACUUUUAAUGAGCUGUGUGAGCACAAUGCAAAGUGCGCAACAGAGGUCGGCCUACUUCAGGUUGCACAAACGUGGAGGAUACUAAGAACGCUAUUCCCAACAAUCAUAGGAGAAGAAGACGCCACUGGAAAAGAUCCCAUUAUGCAACGAUCCUUUAACGAUGAAAAAGCUCUAGCGUCCUCGCAGGACGAAACGAGUCGACACAAUUCGGUAACGAACUCACACAGAUCACGGCAUCCAUCAUUUAAAGACGAUGAUGACACAAAUUCAUCCGGUGGCCAAGGCGAUGGCAUAGACGCGCUACCGAAAGAGCGCGCGACGCAGGGUGGCCAGUCGGAAUCGUCAAGUGGCUCUGAAUCGGACGAUGAACAAGAAAAAGACGAUGAUGAUCUAAGUGAAAGUGAUGAAUACUCCGAAGAUGACGUUCAAGAAGCUCAAGAAAUGAUACAACAUUCUAGCUUUUAUCCACAACCGAGGAGCAAAUUCCUUACAGUGAUUUCGAUUCCAUCACCGCCCGCAAGACUCGAACCGGAGCCGGUUAUUAUCGAGGCAAUGCUUCGCCAGUGUGUUGAUCAGGGUGACGUUCAAAGCGCUGUUUCUAUGGCGCUCGUGCUUGGUAAACGAAUUCGGUCUCGUCUACCUGUCGAGGACCGGAUUAUGUGGAUUAACAGCUAUUUAGAACUGCUUAGUAGGUUCGAACUGUGGAAUGUACACAAUCAAGUGAUCAUUCUUUCGUCAGAUAUCGAAGCCAUUCGUGUCCUUAACCAGCAGUCAACAACGGUACAUGCCGCAUGCGAUUUGUGUGACCGCCCCCUAACUGGGUAUCCCCUUGCCGGAUUCUGUAAGAACUGCGAUCGAUUUGUGUCUAAAUGCUCAAUAUGCUACGAGGUAAUUAAAGGUCUCUACGUUUGGUGUCAGGGUUGUUCGCAUGGAGGACACAUGCGCCAUCUCAAGGAGUGGUUCUCGAAGCACCCUGAGUGUCCUACGGGCUGUGGACAUCUCUGUGAAAUUACUGCCUAGAACCAAGCAGCAUGGUGUCAGAAAUAGGCGAUAACUCUUACUGCUGGCCUAACAGCAGACUAUUGUACAGGUUUUGUUUUCUAUUUCGUGGGCAGAUUUCACUAGUUUCAGACUUCCGUGCAUGUAAAUUGUGUUAUUGUUGUUGACCCACAGACAGACAGGUUUUCUGUUAUAGGUGAUCGAGAUGGCGUCUGAAGCGAUGCUGAACGGCAAGACCGGACGUACAAUAAAGAAAACCUUUAUUUAGGUAGUUCAGAUAAGUCCAGUGAAGCUGCGACACUGGAACACAGCAGAACUAAAAUUCGAUAGCAUUAGUAAAUCAUAGUACUUAUCAGUAAACUUAAAUACUAAAUGUCUUUCGUGGCCGAUGCGAAUGAAACGCCACAGAUCCAACACACUUUUUCUUUUUGAGUCAAAUAUAAUUGUUCCCAAUUGCCUCUCUGUUGAGAUAAACAUUUAUUGCAGUACGGGCAUGGUUAAAUAACAUUAUUACCUUAAGUAGAUGCUUAUUUUUUUAUUCAAAGGAGUAGGUAUCAUGUGCUGUAGAUAAAUACGAAUACAUAGUACUGUGGGAAUCACCGAAACAAACAAGGAAGUAUCAUUUUUCCUAUGGAUUUAACGUAUCAGUUUGUGCCUAUACUGAACGGUAAUGCGUUGCCUCUAGAUUUAAGCAGCCAUAUCUUCUAAUGAGUGAAACACUAAGAGAUGUCCUAUUUAGGAUGGAACAGAUGAUCCGGAGCAUUUAAAGAUAUAAACAAGUUGGCUUAAAAUAUUCGAGGAUGGCUUGAAGUUAUUGGGAUGGUGACGAAAAAACAAUUUUUUCCGCCUCGAUGGAUUACGAUUAGAUAAACAAUAUAAAUAUACAUACGUAUAUAUGUAUAUAAUAUCAAUUGAUAAAUUACAGUAAUUAUCGUGGCAAUAUAUUUGAUUGUCAAUUGAUUGAACAAUUUGUUAAUAUAAUUCAGGUAAACAGGAAAAAUAAACAUUUCGAGUAAAAUGCGUUCACCUAAUAAUACGGCGUUCUGUUGAUUCUUUCGCAUACCCAUUGUUAUUGAUUUCCAGAUCGUUAUCAUUAGACCUUGCAGAUAAUAAACUUGAGUAAGGUUUCUACUGAAGAUUGAAAUUAUUGAAUUUCAGUUAAGUUUCCCGAAACUACGUAAACAUAUAAAAGUGUAUUCUAAUCUAAAACAAAAUAAUAUAGCUUUUUCAUGAAUAGCUUUCUUAAUGAGACAUUUUUAAUAAUAAGUUUUUAAAAACCGAAUUGUGACAUCUGGUGUAUUUUUUUUCUAGGCAUCCCUGAAUCUUAAGUUGAAUCGUGUGUAAAUACGCACUCCAGAAGCUACAAAGAUAAGACCACAGUCGGUUCCACUCAAAUACAUCAAACCUAGAUUAGUCUCAGAUGAACGUUGCAUUAAAUGGUAAAAAGGAAAUGCUAGUAAAAAUUCGGUGUCGUCAAAAGGGUUAUUCAUGUACAAAUUGCUGCCUAUCUAUACACGGACAGCACGUUAUGUUUACUCUGUAUACAACUGACGAUCAGCCAUAAAGGGAAAACUGUCCCAGCUAAUACCGGGUCGUUGUUUACUUCCAAACAUUAUGUAGUAGUACUUAUCUCAUACUCGCUACAGAAUUAGUUUUGUACUUCAGUACAGCGUUCGUCUUAUCUAGUCAAUUCAAUUCGCUUUUCCUAUUUGGCUUUAAUCAGUAACCUAUCAAAACGUUAAUUUUUUUUAACUGCCUUCUGUCGCCAAGCUAAACAAAAACCUAACUUUUACAGCCGCGCUCGUUCUGUCCGUGCAAUCAUUAAUAUACGAAGUUUCUUUUGUUGACCGCGCGGUUUAUCUUUUCACAGACGUUAUAUUUGUUGUGUGAAUAUUAUUCCAGCAUUCAUCAACAAUGUAAGUAGUGUUUCUUCCUAUAUAACUAAUAUUUUGAAAAAACAGUUGUCAGAGCAAUAAAUAUGUAAUAGGAACGUAUAUACAUAUGUAUCGUUUCGGCCAGCGACACGCUCAUGCAUAACCCUGACUGUUUUCAGCGCUUCGUUCAUUGCUUUCGCACCUCUGCCACCGUUUUUUUAUUCUCCGCACCACACGUCGCGCAGUUGUACAAAAUUGCAAUUGUUUCUACACGCACCGCAUAAAUAUUAAGCAGUACAAUAUAAUACUUGAUAGUUACUCGCGUCAGGUUCCUCAUGUAGGCGAGCUAAUUAAUGAUCAGAAGUUUUAAGCAUUUACAAACGACGUAAUACAGAAAACCAUCACUGUUUUAACAAUAUAAAGCUUUAGACAACCACGAUUGUACGUACUAGGCGCAGAACAACAACAACAACACGGCCUAUCUUUAUUAUUCACAAAAACGCAUGAUACGUUGUCAUUCCAUCUAAUUUUAGUUAGAUAUAAUAUCUGCUAACAGCGUUUGAUGUUUAUAGAACGUUAGGGAAAACAAGUUCUUUGCCAUGGAUUCUGUUACAGCUGUGUUAGAUCAAGGAGCAUUGGAUCUUUCAUACUCGUUCACGUUUAGUGAUAUAUAGAAGAAAAACAACUAUUGGCUGACCGAAAGCUUAAAUCCUCAUUCUGUGGUAGUAUAUCCGGGCUAGGUACUGCAAGUGUUCAGUGCUGCGUCUUCGCCUGCUUUGUGUCUCAUACGCAGCGCUGAAGUGAAGGAAAAUAAGCAGCUCGUUAAUAUAAUAAUAUUGUGAACCUCAUUUGAUUCUAUUAAUCCGUCUGUUUUCAAUUCCAGCCUUAAACGCGCUCGAAAGCUUACAUAGUGGUACAUCGUUAAAAACCUAUCAAUUGGCCAUAACUACUACAAUAAGAAAUAAGCGCACUUCAAAUCGCUGGCUUCACUUAGUAGCUGACGAGAGUCGAAGUUAAUUUAGGAUCAGUUUAAAAAAUCUAUG